GGGAGUGGGGAAUCUGGCUUUGGAAGAGGGAAUGGAGGCCCGAUCUUCAGUGCCAGGUAACAGCUUGGUUUGGCUGGGCAGCUUUUCCUGAGCCCUGUUGGCACAGAUGUUUGCCCAGUUUCCACCCACCUGUGCUUGUGAGGAAUUCUUUUGGAUGGAGGGUUGGUUGUUCCACAGCUGGGAACAGCUGCUGCUGUGCCGGGUUUCGGGGGAGGAAGAGGGUUUCUCUGGAAGGAAUCCAACCAUAGCUAUUCUGAGUGGAUCCAGCCAUAGCUGCAGGGAGGGAGAUGGGGAGGGGGGCUUGCUUGGACCCCUUUUCAACCAUAACUGUACGCUUAAAAGCUGAGUAUAGGGGAGUGAAAGAGAAGGGGGUCUCUUGGCAGCCCUCAAUGUCUGAGUGAGCAGGAAGCGGGGAGAAGGCCGUAAUAUGUUGUGGUCUACUUUGAGGCUCAGUCUCAGCGUCUGGCCGUGGGGAGGAGAGCAGAGUCGAGCCCAAACUUGAGAAGAAACAGGAAGUCUCCUCCUUAGGGUGUGGAGAAGAGGUAUUUCAGUGCCACUAGGUAGCCUAAAAGGUCAGGACCUGAUGAGGUGGGCAUCAGAAGGAGCUGUAUGGGAUGGUGCAGCCUGUCUUGAGUUGCAUGGGACAAGUGCAGCGGGAGGGCACUAGUGAGCAAAGCUGAAAAAAGUUUGGCGACUUGUAGAAGAGGAGAGAGAAGUAGGAGGGUUUCAGGCCACAGGGCGGAUGCGUUGCCAAAUGACAGUGCUGCCUGACGUCUUAACAAAUGCUCGCUCAAGGGGGGGGGGGCAGGGUUGGGUUGGGGUGGCCGCUUGGGGGACUUCAGCAGAGCCUACUUUCUUGCUGGCACCCGGUUUUGGGGUGUGGGGUUGCAGAGGGGUGGAGCUGCCUUUCCAAGGAAGGUCUUUCCGAUUGAGUGCCAAGGGAGGAAGGCGACUGGGUUUCCUCUGAGCUGGUGAAAAGGAGCCGAAGAGUUAACAUCUCCGACUGUGGUCCCUCGUAAACAUUGUUGUUGGCUCGGUGCCUACCUCCCCCCCACACCCACCCCGCUGCCCAGCGGACUGCUUUCAAUUAGCCGUGGGUUCUUGUGUUCACGGUGGGUGCCGUGCUCUAUCCCCUUCUGGUCUCUUCUGUUGGCUGGGACUCCUUGCUCUAUUCGUUUGCUUGCUCACCCGUUCGUUCGCUCGCUCAUUCACUGGGAGACAUGGUCCUGGAUUGCCACCUUUGGCACCUCCUGAUUGCUGGGGUGUUCCUGCUCAGCUGGUAUCACCUGCCGGGAGAUUCCCAGCGACUCAAGGUCUUCUUUACUCCUAUGGUCUGCCGUGUGCAUUGCAACGGAGGGCGUUGUACCAACCGCUGUGAGCAGGGCAAUGCCACCACCUUGUACAGUGGGGAGAAUGGACGUCCAGCUGAGGGAGGCCCUGGAUUCCGCGUCUUCCUGUGUCCCCUCAUCUGCCAAAAUGGAGGAGUCUGUCUCAAGAAGGACAAGUGCCUUUGUCCCCCCAACUGGACCGGCAAGUUCUGUCACAUCCCGGCCCUUCCGCACUCCCACGGACAGCCCCACAUGCGCCGAGAAACUGAUGCACAGUCAGACGGGAGAACGCAGUCCGUCACCAAGUCUGUGUACACCCUCCCCAUUGCCAAUCACCAUGAAGAGCGUGAUGGUGUGGCAUCAAUGGCGAAAGUCCAUGUAGAGCAUCCUCCUGAGGCCUCAGUCGUCGUCCACCAGGUGGAAAGGGUCAGUGAGGGCCGGCCAGGUGACACGAAUGCCCUCCUGCUUUCCCGCCCAGCCCUUUACAGCAUCCUGGCUCAGAGCAGCCCUCGGGAGCCCGGCGAGGGAUACAGAGAGAACUCUGGCUUUGGCUACUGCUUCAGGCAGCUCAGUGGCGGAGAGUGCAGCUCCCCAUUGCCCGGCUUGCGCACCCGUGAAAUCUGUUGCCGUGGGGCUGGCCUUGCCUGGGGCGUCCAUGACUGCCUGCCCUGCAACAGCAAUGGCCAAGGAGCCUCUAGUCCAGUAGAGAGGAACGAAGUGGCCUGCCCCAAAGGCUUCCGGCGUCUGAAUGGUUCCUGCAUUGAUGUAGAUGAGUGCCAAGAGGGCAGCUUUUGCCAAAAUGGAGACUGCACCAACACACGUGGCAGCUUCACCUGUGUUUGUCAUGAGGGCUACAUCCUUGAUUCAUCUCGCAGCAGCUGUAUCUCCCAUCAUGUGAUCUCCGAGGCCAAGGGUCCCUGCUUCCGGGUGCUGCGAGAUGGCGGGUGCUCCCUACCCAUCCUGCGUAACAUCACCAAGCAGAUCUGCUGCUGCAGCCGAGUGGGCAAGGCCUGGGGGCACGGCUGUGAACGCUGCCCGAUUUUUGGCUCAGAUGGAUUCAAGGAGAUCUGUCCAGCUGGGCCCGGCUAUCACUAUUCAGCCUCUGACCUCCGUUACGACACUCGUUUCCUCGGCCAAGAUCUUCCUCGCGUGCCAAUCAGCCGCCAGCAACCAGGACGGGAACCUGCUGCCAGGCCACCUCGGACAACAACGGCACCAGCCAUCAUCCGCUGGACCCCCCUGCCCACUUCCCUGCAGGGCCGCCAGCCUCCCUGGCCUGUGCCGACUGUACCACCUGGACCCCCCGAGCCUUCUGUGCCAGUGGCUGGCCAAGGUGUGUGCGAGCAACGUCCCCAGGUGUGCGGUCCAGGGCGUUGCAUCCCUCGCCAGGGAGGCUACACUUGUGUCUGUGAGCGUGGCUAUUGGCUGAGCCCUCAAGGCACCCACUGUGUCGAUGUGGACGAAUGCCGACGCAGCCCUCGCCCUUGUGCUGGUGGCCGCUGUGAGAAUUCGGUGGGCAGCUUCAGCUGCAGGUGCCGGGCUGGCUACCAGGCUGACCCAUCUGGAGCAGAAUGCCAUGACAUUGACGAGUGUGCCAAAACACCUCCACCCUGUGCCAAUGGACGCUGUUACAACACACCUGGCUCUUUCAGCUGUUCCUGCCCAAGUGGCUACCAACUUGAUCCAGUUGGCUUUGAAUGCCGAGAUAUUGAUGAGUGCUCUCAGAGCCCCCCGCCAUGUGCCCGUGGGCGCUGCCAUAAUUCACCAGGCUCUUACCGUUGUGCCUGCCCCACGGGCUACCAACCUGGCCCCACUGGCACAGAAUGUUUGGAUGUGGACGAAUGCCGGGAGAGUUCUCCUAUCUGCCAACCAGGCCGCUGUGAGAAUGCGCCAGGCGGAUACCGCUGCACUUGCCCAAUUGGCUAUCAGCCCAGUCCACAGGGGACACAGUGUGUCGAUGUGGAUGAAUGCCAACAGACCCCUCUGCCGUGUGGCACUGGGCGCUGCGAGAAUGUGCCUGGUGGCUAUCGCUGCCUCUGCCCUGCUGGAUUCCGGGCCAGCCUUACUGAGAACCAGUGCUUGGACAUUGACGAGUGUUCGCCGGGAACGCCCUGCGGCCCCCAGGGACGCUGCUUCAACACGGAGGGCUCCUUCCGCUGCCAGUGCAACCGGGGCUAUCGGACAGAGGGGACGGGGUCCUCCUGUGUGGAUAUUAAUGAAUGCCUAGAGGGAGACUUUUGCUUCCCGCGGGGAGAAUGCCUCAACACGGAGGGUUCUUACACCUGCCUGUGUGCCCAGGGAUUCACUAUCUCUUCCAAUGGGGCCUCCUGUGUGGACAUUGAUGAAUGCCAGAGUGGCACCUCAUGUGCCGGUGGGCACUGUGCCAACACAGAGGGCUCUUUUGAUUGCUACUGUCCGCCUGGCACCCGCAGCAGCUCCAACAAGGCUUCUUGUGAAGAUAUUGAUGAAUGCCAAGAAUAUGGGGCAGCCCUCUGUGGGGCGCAGCGUUGUGAAAACUCUGUCGGCUCUUAUCGUUGUGUGGCCCAGUGCCCAACGGGCUAUCGAACCAGCGCUACAGGAGAUUGCAUUGACAUCAACGAAUGCCAGGAAUAUGGGGCUGCCCUAUGUGGGGAGAAACGUUGUGAGAACACUCUGGGCUCUUACCACUGUGUGGCUAGCUGCCAGACUGGGUACCAAGCCACAGCUGCCAGGGACUGCAUAGAUGUGGAUGAAUGCAGGAAUACUUCUGCAUGUGGGGCCCACGCUGUCUGUCAGAAUUUGCCAGGUUCCUUCCAAUGCAUCUGUGACCAAGGUUACGACAGCACCAGGGACGGGCGGAACUGCCUAGACACCAAUGAAUGUGAGACAAUGCAAGGGGUGUGUGGAGCUGCACCAUGCGAGAACGUGGAAGGCUCCUUCCUUUGCAUUUGUCCACGGGCUGGAGAAGAAUUUGACCCCAUGACUGGACGUUGUGUUGCUUUGUCGGGUGCUGCACGUCCCCCAGCCAUGCCCAGGCGUCCUGAAGCUUCGCGGCCUGAGUUUCGUCCCUCCGCACCUGGUGACAGCCUUCGCCGCGAGUGCUACUAUGACCCUGAUGCAGCACAAGCCUGCGAAAAUGUCUUGUCGUGGAAUGCCACACGCCAAGAGUGUUGCUGCAGCCUUGGCCAUGGCUGGGGUAUUGACUGCCUCAUCCAGGUGUGCCCUUCCCCAGGGACAGUGGAAUUCCAGGCCUUGUGCCCUCAUGGUAAAGGCUAUGCUUCCCCCAUUGCUGGAAGUGCUGUUGCAGAUGUAGAUGAGUGCACGCUCUUUAACACUCAGGUUUGCAAAGGUGGUGUCUGCGUGAACAAGAGUCCCGGCUACUCCUGCUACUGCCCCAAUGGCUAUUACUAUGAAAUGCAACACCUAGAGUGCAUUGAUAAUGAUGAAUGCCUGGAUGAGGAGACCGAGCCUUGCAUAGGAGGGCGUUGCAUCAACACCAUUGGGUCCUACUACUGCUCCUGUGCUGCUCCACUCAUUCUUGAUGCCUCCCAGCACCGUUGUGUCACCAACGAGAGCCAAAACUUGGAUGACAACCUGGCUGUGUGCUGGCAGGAAGUGGGGCCUGACCUGGUGUGCAGCCGACCCCACCUGGACCGCCAGGUCACCUACACAGAGUGCUGCUGCCUAUAUGGGGAAGCCUGGAGCAUGGAUUGUGCGCUGUGUCCUGCUCGUGACUCAGAUGACUUUGAAGCCCUGUGCAAUAUCCCCCAGCCCUCCAGCUAUGGGCCUGUGCCUCCAGGAGGCCUGGGGCUUCCCUUUGAGUAUGGCGGUGGCGGCUUCUUGCCCUACGGCCCUGAGAUCUUCGCCCCCCCACCUCGCCCUGCUCCCCGACUUCCUGAUUAUGACCCUUUCCCUCGGGACUCUCUCUAUGGCGCCUCACCCUACGAGGCCACAGACUUUGAGGACCUUCCUUAUGGCAGUCCACGUCGAGAGGAGCCACCAGAACACACUCGAGGGGGAUACCGGCCCCGCAGCCCCCCCGAGGCAGAAUGGCACUACCCACCGCGUAGCGGUGGAGGUUCCUAUCCUGAACGGCCAGGCCGGGCCAGUGAAGACUAUGGUCCCUUUGAAAGCUUUGGAGGUCUCCAGUCUGAGGAGUGUGGGAUCCUGAGUGGUUGCGAAAAUGGCCACUGUGUUCGCGUAGCAGAUGGCUUCACCUGUGAUUGUUACGAGGGCUACCGCUUGGACCCGACUCGUAUGAUCUGCACAGAUGUUGACGAAUGCAGUGAGAUGGAAGGGCCCUGCCCCGGGGGCCGCUGCCUCAACAUGGAUGGCUCCUACCGCUGUUUGUGCCCCGUCGGCACGGUGCCCACCGGCCAACCUCCCCGCUGCGUCCCUGCCUCUCGCAGUCGUGCCUGAGCUGUGCUGCUGCAAUGGCCGGCUAAAUAUUUAUUACUUGUAUAGAGUGGGAGAAGGGGGAGGGAAAGGGAGGGUUUCUUAGAAAAGAGGGGCAUGUUGGCAAUUCCUUGGAUGUCUCCUUCCGGUGAGCGGGGGAGGAACCCAGAACUGCCACAUGAAGGAAAAAACUAGCUGGCCUCUGAGGCAGAUCAGAAAAGCACUUAAACUGAAUGAGAUGAACACAUCUCUUCUGCAGGGCGGUGGCCAAAAGGCAGGGAAAGAGAGGCACAUUGAGCUUGAUUUUAUCUUAAAUCAUUUGGUUGUGUGGGGAGAAAACAGAAGAGGUAGGGGAGCAAUGGGAAAAUUUGAUAAAGUCCUUUGUCCCCAGUAGAAGUUUGCCAACACAAGGAGAGUUCCAUUUCAGGCUUAUGCCUUAAUGUAGGGCUUUCGUCCAACUGAGCUGCUUCCCUCCCCAACAUCCCUCCCUCCUUUUUGUAUUUACCAUAUCAAACCAAAGCUGCCUUGGCAUUCUGCACUUAGGCGUUCAGCCAACAUGAGUAACUUUUGGCAAGUUUUAGGAGGUAUUCAGUACCUUUUUCUGCAACUUCUUCUCUGCCCCCCUCCAUACUUACCUAUGCAAGCCAGCUGCUUACUGCCAGCAUUUGGUUGGUAGUUUCCCAGCUGUAGUUCUAACGUCAACCAGAAGAAAAGAGAAUGUGCCACUGUGGACUCCUUUCAUGCUAUAGUACAUCCUCCUAUAUCUGAGGGAGACAUAUUCCAAAACUCACCAUGGGGAUGCAAAACCACCAAUAAUAGCAAACUAUUGGAAUGAUCUACUUCUGGCCAGAAUUAUAUCAUAGAAUUAUAUCCAGAGAGAACAUAUUUUUUCAGACGUGGAUAAGUGAAUCCAUGGAUACCCAUGCUGCAUAUAUAUUUUGGGGGGGGGGGGGGGGGGUUGUGCUCUACGCAAUUAUAGUGCUAUGAUUUCACAUUUAGUGUCACGACUGAAUCCUAUGGAAUUAUGACUGGUGCAUUUUGCAAAUCCCAGGAUACACCAGCAUGCAGCCAUAGCAGUUAAAAGUGGAAUCAUAGAGCUGUAACUCUGUAGUAUGACAAUGAAGGGACCUGGAGGGCAACAUAUAGGACCCAUUCACACUACCAAAUUAUAGUGUUAUUAUUCCACUUCAAUUGCCAUUGAUGCAUCCUAGGGCUUGUAGUUUAGUGGGGUAUGGGAUCACUCUAACACAGGCAUGGGUAACUUUGGCCCUCCAGGUGUUUUGGACUCUAACUCCCACAAUUCCUAACAGCCUCAGGCCUGAGACUGUUAGGAAUUGUGGGAGUUGGAGUUCAGAACACCUGGAGGGCCAAAGUUUGUCCAUGCCUACUCCAACAGAAUUCUGAAUGCCCUUCUCUGAAAUGCAAAUCCAAGGAUUCUAUAGGGCGAACUCCUAACAGUUGAGUGGAAUAAUAGUACUAUAAUUCUGUAAUAUAAACGGAGCUUGCUACAGGCAAAAUUGCGGCCUGCACUCCUUUAAACUAUUAUUUAGCCAGGAACAUGAAUGCCAGCUCUUAGAAGAGAAACCUUACAGAGGUAUACAGGAAUGAGGAAUGCUCUAUGAAUGCACAAAACAUUCCUUUUCAUACAGACCUAGCAAAUAUAUUUUGGAACUAUGGUCAGUUUGUACUAAUGUAGACACCCAGCACAUGUUCCUAGCCUAUGUAUUUCCCCUGCCCUUUUCUUCCUUGUCCCCCUCCCCUUUCUUUGUAUUAAUUUUCUUUUUUAAAAAAACUGCUCUAUGAGCAUGAUGAAGAAUUCCUGCCAACAUUUCCUUCACUGGAGCCACAGGAAGGAAUGAUAAGGAGUUUGUACACUUUGGAAAUAGUUUCCAGAGUACGCAAAGUCUGUAUCCCUCUCUCCCUGCUGAAGGAAUGAGGGCCUUUUCCAAAAAUACCCUGGGGCAUUUUAACCAAAUGCAGGCACUUAGAGAGUUUUGUUUCCAUUGCUUCACAUCCACAGCACCAGCAAUUGUUUCCUCUCAACAAACUACCAUGUUGUAUUAUGAGAAAGUCUGCAUUCAAAUAAGGCAGUUUGCCUUUCCUGUCCCCCAAAUCUUCUCAAUGAUUUUGGGGAGAGAGCAGCAACUGGAAGUGCUGUGACAACACUCUUGCAGGAGGGGACUCGGAUCCAUCACCACUGUUUACUGUAUAAUAAACAUUUUUUACAAAUAA